GUUGACGGUUACGUCACUACUCAAUUCGUGGUCAAGCAACAUCGUGAGUUUAGCAACAAACACGACCGCCAACAGGAUAAUGCCCUGAGGCUACCCUCUCCCUCUGCCUCUUUCUUCGUUAACUUCGGAUCUCGAGAUGUCAUCCGCCACUGAUAAAGUUAUGGAAAAGGCUAUCGCUGUGGUAAAAGGCGACGCGGUGGUUCGAUCGUCCAAGAUUCCCUCACUCCUUCGAUUUCCCCUCGUCGUGGUGAUUUCGACAGUACUGAGCGCGUUUCUGUAUUCGUUCACUGCGGACUAUACUGCAGCAGAUCUUGCAGGUGUCUCGAGGAGGCUUGACAGCUGGUGGGAAGUGGGUACUCUUGUCGCAUUCAGGACUUUCGAACUUGGUCUUGGAUGGUUUGGAAACUAUGAUGGAUAUGAUCUUGCGUCGUUGACCUUGCUAUCCCAUGGCCCUCCACUCUACCUGCUCGCAACCUUCUACGAAGUCAAACCAGUUGCAGUUAUACUGUCCCUCGUUAUCGAUUCUCUUACGGCCUAUAUCCCAUUCCGACUUCUACGCCCGCUUUCCCUGGCGCAUUCGGCGUCGACUUCACCAAACUCUGUGAAGGUACCGAACAAUGAUAUUAUCACUUCGACCUCCAUUCAAGCCUAUACAUCAAUCCUUGCCGCCUCGAUAUACUCUGUGGUCUUGUAUACUGCAUACAGCUCUUACUUGCCUGUCUACUUGGUCACAUACUUCUUCGAUAUCAAGACCAUAGCUGCGGCGCAUACUGCAACACCGAUCACGCUGUUCCCAGUCAAUCUUCUCCUCGGACUGGCUGCUAAGUCUUUCAUAUUCACUCCCGCUACGGCGUCAGCACCAUCUGUAGCAGAUGCCAAGCUGGCUGCUUUCAACCCGGCAACUGCAACUUUUCCAGAGACAUUGCGGUACAAUCUGUGGGGUUAUCAAACGAGAACCAAGGUCACGAUCAAGAGAACUGCCACUCUGAUGCUUAUUGUGGGGAUGAACACGUUCGUGCAAACAUUUGUCACUAUUGAAGGAGUUGAGGCGGUCGGAGCUAUUGCCUAUUCUGGAAUCUGGGUCAUCGGUGCAGCAAUUACGGGUGCUGCGUUUGGUCUGGUAGGAGCCGUAUGAGCGUGUUGAGCGUGUUGGUGAGUUUGCAGAUGAUUGUAUGAUUUCAAGAGGAACACUUAUGUAUGAAGGAGGCAUGGGUCUUUGUUUGUUUGUGUAUUUGGAGUUACUUGCAUGGAGGCUAGCGUGUGGCUGCAACUGGUCUUGCCAUGCGAGCACCAAGGCGUUGUUGGUGGGGAGAGUGCAACGUUAUCAUGACUUCCAUGAUGGACCUUACAUUCCAGGAGAGAGAAUGGAAAGAGAGCAGAUGGUGGAAAGCAAAGAGAAUCGUGGAAAUGCGUUCUUGUGCUCAAUGUCAAAAGUGAUAUCAGCCCG